CUCCCACUCUCACACACAGACGACUGUGAGAGAAAACGAAACUGAAUCCUAUCAGUGUUCGUGGUAAAAUGGCAGAAGCCAGUUCAACACUGGAUCCGAACCAGUUCAGCUGUCCAAUCUGUCUGGAUCAGCUGAAGGAUCCAGUGACUACAGCCUGCGGACACAAUUACUGUAUGAACUGCAUUAAGAGCUGCUGGGAUCAGGAGGAUCAUCGUGGAGUUUACAGCUGCCCCCAGUGCAGACAGACCUUCACACCCAGACCUGUUCUGCACAGAAACACCAUGGUGGCUGAAUUGGUGGAGAAACUGAAGAAGACUGGACUACAAGCAGCUACUCCUGAUGAUGAUUAUGCUGGACCUGGAGAUGUGGAGUGUGAUUUCUGUACUGGGAGAAAACACAAAGCUGUCAAGUCCUGCCUGGUGUGUCUGGCCUCUUACUGUGAAACUCACCUCCAGCCUCACUAUGAGUCUUCAGCUUUUAAGAAGCACAAGCUGACUGAUGCCACUGGACAGCUGCAGGACAAGGUCUGUUCCCAGCAUGACAAACCCCUGGAGUUCUACUGCCGUACCGACCAGCAGUGUAUCUGUAAUCUCUGUAUGAUGUAUGAACACAGAGGCCAUGAUACAGUCUCAGCUGCUGCAGAAAGGAUGGAGAUACAGAAACAAAUUGAGGAAUUUCAGCAGAGGAUUCAGAUGAGAGAGAAGGAGCUGCAGGAGCUGAGAGAGUCUGUGGGCUCAAUCACAAGAACAGCACAGUCAGCAGUGGAGGACAGUGAGAGGAUCUUCACUGAGAUGAUCCGCUCCAUUGAGAGAAGACGCUCUGAGGUGACAAAGCUGAUCAGAGAUCAGGAGAAGGCUGCAGUGAGUCAGGCUGAAAGAGACAUGGAGAUACUGAAGCAGGAGAUUGAUGAACUGAAGAGGAGACACUCUGAGCUGGAGCAGCUUUCACACACAGAGGAUCACAUCCAUUUCCUCCAGAGGUGCCAGGGUCUUCCUGCUACCCCUGAAGCUGGAUUUGGACCCAGAAUCUCUGUCAGUCCAAGAUCUGAUUUCGGGAAUGUGAGGAAGGUGGUUUCUGCACUGAAGGAUCAACUGGAGAAUGUUUGUGAAAAGAGAACAACGGAGAUUCAUCAUGCAGUUACCAAAGACACCGUCCUACCAGUAUUAGUGCCCAGGACCAGAGCAGAAUUCUUACACUAUUCCUGUCAGCUCACUCUGGACCCCAACACAGCAAACAGAAACCUUCAUCUGUCUGAGGGGAACAGAGUGGUGACAUGGAAGAGAGAGACACAGUCAUAUCCUGGUCACCAGGAGAAGUUUGACUCAAUCCCCCAAGUGCUGUGUACAGAGGGUCUGACUGGGUGCUGCUACUGGGAGGUUGAGUGGUCUGGGCAGGUGGUCGCUAUAGCCGUCACAUAUAAAGGAAUCAACAGGAAAGGAGAGGGUGAUGACAGCUGGCUUGGAUACAAUGACAAGUCCUGGCGUUUGUACUGCUCAUCCUUCAAUUACUCAUUCUGGCACAAUAAAGUAGAAACUGCAGUAUCUGGCCCCCCCUCCUCCAGGAUAGGAGUGUACCUGGAACACGGGGCAGGAACUCUGUCCUUCUACAGCGUCUCUGACACAGUGACCCUCCUGCACAGGGUCCAGACCACGUUCACUGAGCCUCUCUAUCCUGGGUUUGCUCUUUGUAACAGUACAGCCAAACUGUUCUGACUUGGUAAACAGGCGGUUGUAUGCGUCCCAUUAGAUUAACAAGUUAACUAACAUUAUAAAAUGAGACUACAAGCUGUGACUCGUUUGCAUUUUACCCAAGCGAACACUAAAACCACAUCAUCUGGGAUUAUAAAGACAGAAGCAGGUAGUGAUUGAAGAGAAGCAGAGCUCAGAGAACCAAGGUGUGUCCUUCGGCUCUGGGGAUUCCCAGGAUGGGAUUCAAGUCCAGGCAUUAUUUAAGUAGUCAGCAGCUGGAAAUAAAAAUAAAAUAAAAAGCAAUGCAUUUCUUGAAAGUUAGUGAGAUUUUAGGACUUUGUGCAGUGACCCCCAAGCUUACUUGUGUAUGUGUCUUUGUCUCAUGGAGAGCUUAAUGGGAUAGGUGAAAAAACAGGACGAGUAAAGUAUCAUUAUUCUAUUCUAUUAUUUCUAUUCUAUUGUAUUGUGUUCUAUUCUAUUCUGUAAGUAUGUUUCCUUUAAAUGAUUAUAAAAUGUUUAGUUUGGAAAAUUGUUCAAAAUAAUGUGUACUAUCAAAUAGUGCUACUGGGUUGACGCACGAGUGUGUGAUUGAUGCCACCACUACGCGAUCAACGCGGACAGCUCACCCCUUCCAGGAAUCACGCCUGGCUCUUAUAGGGACAAGGGCACUUUGCCUUCCCGCGAGUCCCACAGUCCCUUAUUGGGGCAGCACCUGCUCUUGAGGCGCUAACCCUGACGGCAGCUGAUGUUCCUGACUCAACGGUAGCUGAUGUUUCUGACCCGCCUGUUCUUGUGCUGUCUAACUGGCCUGUCCUGCCCGUGCCUGAUCUGCCUGUCCCAGUGGUUCCUGCUGCGCCCCCAGCUGGCCCCAAGUCGGAGGUGCCUGGCAUGGCCCCGCCUCCUGCUGCGCCUGCUACGACCCCACCUGCUGCACCACCCAAAGCCCCUCUGCCUCUGUCCACGGCUCCUGCUGCUAUGCCCAAGGCCCCACUACCUCCACCCGCGCCUGCUGCUCCAGCCCCGGCUCCGCCCACUCCUAAUGGGUCGGCUCCACCCAAAGGGGCUUCAGCUCUAGCUCCAGUCCCCCCAGCUCAAGUCCCCAAGGAGGUCGCGGACUGUCAGAUCAUCGCUCCUCCUCCCUUGAUGGAAGGAGAGGAAGAGCUUAGAAUGGGACCCCUCGGGGACCUCCUUAAUGACUCCUCUGCCCUUGCCCUGGUGAGGUCGACCCCGGCCAGAAUCCUG